AUCCUGACCUCAUGAUCCGCCCCCCUUGGCCUCCCAAAGAGCUGGUAUUUCAUGCGUGAGCCACUGCUCCUGGCCCCAAAAUCUUACUGUACCCACAAAAUUUUCUUCUGCCCAAACACAACCUCAGUUGUUUGUCUCUUUAAGAGGAAAUGGGGUAAGUCUAUGUUUAUAAGCAACAGUGAUUUAUUUUUUCCCGAAUUCCUGGAUACCAAAGUGCUUUAUGAAGCCACUUGUUUUGGGUAGACAAAUCUCCCGUUUAAAAAAGAAAACGGGAAGAAGGUUACUCCAGUCGCUAACCUCUCCAGACGUGAGGCAGAUGGGUCCAAAGCCAUCAGAAUUAUUUCACCUCUUUCCUAACCAGUUUGGUUUCUCUGUCCUGGAAAAUGGUGCCCACUGCCUCACCUUGUUUGUGUUUCAUUUUAGAAUGCCAGAAAUGUCACUGCAUAUUUCCCUAAAGCCCGCUGGUACGAUUACUACACGGGUGUGGAUAUGAAUGCAAGAGGAGAGUGGAAGACCUUGCCAGCCCCUCUUGACCACAUUAAUCUUCAUGUCCGUGGGGGCUACAUCCUGCCCUGGCAAGAGCCUGCACUGAACACCCACUUAAGUCGAAAGAACCCUCUUGGUCUUAUCAUUGCCCUAGAUGAGAACAAAGAAGCAAAAGGAGAACUUUUCUGGGAUGAUGGGCAAACAAAGGAUACUGUGGCCAAUAAAGUAUAUCUUUUAUGUGAGUUUUCUGUCACUCAAAACCGCUUGGAGGUGAAUAUUUCACAAUCAACCUACAAGGACCCCAAUAAUUUAGCCUUUAAUGAGAUUAAAAUUCUUGGAACAGAAGAACCUAGCAAUGUUACAGUGAAACACAAUGAUGUCCCAACUCAGACUUCUCCUACAGUCACUUACGAUUCUAACCUGAAGGUUGCCAUUAUCACAGACAUCAGUCUUCUCCUGGGAGAAGCAUACACAGUGGAGUGGAGCAUAAAGAUAAGGGAUGAUGAAAAAAUAGACUGUUACCCUGAUGAGAAUGGCGCUUCUGCAGAAAACUGCACUGCCCGUGGCUGUAUCUGGGAGACAUCCAAUUCUUCUGGAGUCCCUGUUUGCUAUUUUGUCAACGAUCUAUACUCUGUCAGUAAUGUUCAAUAUAAUUCACAUGGGGCCACAGCUGACAUCUCCUUAAAGUCUUCCGUGUAUGCCAAUGCCUUCCCCUCCACACCCGUGAACCCCCUUCGCCUGGAUGUCACUUACCAUAAGAAUGAAAUGCUGCAGUUCAAGAUUUAUGAUCCCAACAACAAUCGGUAUGAAGUUCCAGUUCCUCUGAAUGUACCCAGGGUGCCAUCCAACACCCCUGAGGGUCAACUCUAUGAUGUCCUCAUUAAGAAGAAUCCAUUUGGGAUUGAAAUUCGCCGCAGGAGUACAGGCACUAUAAUGUGAGUGGCUUCUAGUGUGACUCAGAGUUGAUGUCUACCUGUGCCUUCGCUGCCAGGUCCAUUGUCCUUGGAUGUAUCCUGGUUCCAAACAUCACAUUGUCCGCUUCCAG